AUGAACUUAAUUUCACCUGCGGCGAAAUAUGUAUUAUCCAAUAUAAAUAAGAACGGAAAUUUGAAAAAUAUGAGUGAAGAAAAAUACAACGACAUUGAUAUGUAUUUAUAUCAUAAGGAAUCCAUUAAUGAUCCUUUAAUUAAUUUAAAACAAGAAACAGAAGAUAGAAUGCAUUCAGAUAUAUAUAGCGAUAUUUGUAGGACAGUAUCAAGUUAUACAGAUUAUACAACAAAAAAAGUAAAAUAUGUUGUAAAUAAAAGAUUUUCAGAAUUGGAGAAUAUAGAAAAAAAUAUAGAAGAUAUUGAUUAUACAACGUUUAGAUAUUUUCGAACAUUACCUCCGAAAUAUAGUGAUGAAAAUGACUUAAGAAAUAAUAUUAUUUUUAACAGUAAUAAUAUAUAUAUUUAUGCAGAAAAUAAAAAUGGAACAUUAAAUGAACAAGCUUGUAUAUCUAUAUCCCCUGAUAAUAAUGUCAUUUAUUGUUCAACAAAAGGGAGGAGAUAUACUAUAGGGGGACAUGCUGGAAUACAAAAAAAUAUAAAUAAUGAAUAUAAUUUUUUUGAAGAUAACAAUUUAGCGUCGCCCCAUGAUAGCAUUAAAACGUAUACAUUUGAUGCAAUUGAUAGUUCAGACAUUUCUAGCUCUUUUACUAAAAUGAAUUUAAUAAAAACAAAUGAUGCUCUGGAUGAAUCCAAUACAAAUAAAAUAGAUACAGAAAAUAUAUUUAAUGAAAAUGUAAUAAUGAAUUCAUGCAGCUCCAGUAUUUUAAAUACAACCAAAUGUAUAUCAAAAAAUAUGUCAGUGCAGAAAUUAUUUAAUUAUUAUAAAAACUGUUCUCAAAAUUUAGAACAUGAACAAAGAGUAUGUAAACCGUGUGCACACGUUUAUAAUGGAAGUACAUGCAUGAAUGGAGAUGAAUGCUCAUUUUGCCACCAUCCAGAUCAUGUAUUAAUAUCUGCAAAAAAGUGGAAAAAACUUGUAAAAAAUAACUUGGAGAAAUUGAAUAUACUUUUACACAUAUUACGCAAUCCAAAUGAUAUCAAUGCAAAUAUACUAAAUGAAAUGUUGAAGCAAAAUACGAAAACCUUUAAAAAAAGCAAAAAAUUGAAUAACAGCAAUAGCAAAAUGAUGAAUAUUAAUAGUAGUAAUAUUAGUUUUAACAUUAGUAGCAAUGUUACAAAUAACAUAAAUAGCAUUUGCAACGUUAGCAAUAACAACAGCAACAAUUUCCACAACAUUAGGAGAAACAAAAAUAACAAAAAUAAAAUUUAUCACUUUCCACAUAAAAAUACAGAAAAUAUGAUAAGAUAUUCUUACAAUAACUACGAAUCUAAUGAAACCGCAGACACUUACAAAAAAAAAUUUCAUGUAAGAAAUAGUAACAUGAAUGUGGAAAGAAAUCUUAACUUUCUCUCCUAUCAUGUUAAUAUGUGA